AUGAAAGCAGACACGAUCACAUCGGAGAAUAAGAAGGGUAGGAACGGGUUCUUUAAUUCCACGAUAGAGGUGCACGAGCGACAACCCGACACCUCACGACGAGUAGAUGUAGAAGAGUCCACAACGUUACUCGUAAUAGAAGUUUGGCAUGAGCUGUGA